UAUACUGCUUUUCCAAAUUUCAAGAUGAUCCGUCAAGACUCUACGAUGUUUUAAUAAAGUGUGUCCAAAUAUAAUGCGCAUUUAGUUUUAAAUCGAGCAAUCAUCCUCUAAAUAAUUAUUUCUUAACGAUGUUAUCAGAAGUUAUUAAAUGAUCUUAUCUCGAGCUCUCGUCACGUCAGUGGACUUAUAACCUAUGUCCCUGCUUCAACAGCCACGCUUCACUUACAUUUUUUGUCGACGUUUUUAUUAAUUACAGCGGGUUUUGCAGCCCAAAACAACAUGUUGCUGUUGAGUUAUUACAUAUUACGCGCGUAAAGCUCCUGCGUGGGCGGUGUGUGUGUGUGAGAGUGUUUUCAGUUGAUAUCUGAUCUGCGUAUUAGGAGAAACAGAGGAAGAAGCCUACAGUGCACACACAUGGAUUAAUAGCAGCGAUCAAUAGGAUAUCAUAUAUACCAUCUCCAUGACAGACUUCAAUGACUUUUGCAUAGGGAGAACAUGUGAACUUCACGCUGCUGUUGUGGUUGGCCUACCAACAAUCUCGCUUCGAUGAUUUCAGUGACCCUCUUUCUCGUCUUCAUCGCAGGAUUGUGGAUUAAUAAGCCGGCCAAACUAAAAUCAAUGAGAACUGGAAGAUGUGCUUGUAACACUCUGUGCUUUGAGAAUCACAUGGAAUGUCAUUGGAACUCAGAGGUUUGGAAUUCUAUCUUAAUUCUGAGCUGUCUAAGUGCUCUGUUGCCCUUGACUGAAGGUCAAGCAGGACAUCCAGAACAGGGACUGGAAGACCUCUUGACUAUACUAGAGAACCAUAAGAAAUUAUUCACAAGCUCUACAGCACACUUGUACACGCCAAAGAUAGACGAUAUUCACAAUUGCACAUUUAGGUUUUUUGACUGUUUUCUACUGGAAAUGAAAGUUGUUUUGUAUGAAGAAGGCUCAGGAGAAGACUCACCAGGGGUGGUGAUGGUAGAAAGAACCUUACAGCACUACAGCCAAAACAAUUGCUCAGCGCGACAUCCUUGUGAACUGCAAGAGCUCACCAACUCCACUUUGUUUUUUGACAGGAUGAGGAACUUUCUACAAAAACUUAUAGAUAACUGCGGAAAAAAAAACAAUGCAACGUGUGAUUGAAACCACAAUUUCACAGAUAACAUAAAUAAUAAGCUCACUUAACUAUUAUCAUCCUAAAUUAAGCUGGUGUCUUUUAUUUUGUACUAUUAAUAUUUAUAUUUCUUCUCUGAACGCGUGACUGUUAAUACUGUAAGAAUGAUAUAUUUUUGUAACAAAAGCAAUGGGGUUUCGUGACUGAUUGUUCUGUGAAUGUCCUUCAAAAUGUACAGAUGAACAAAUACUUCCACUUGUGAAAUAUGUUUUUUUAUGUUGUUUUUUAUGUAUUGUUACAUUAAAGCAUUUUUAUUAACAGAAA